AGGCUGUAGCCGGCCACUCGAGUUGCUGCCGUUGCUAGCGGAGCCCCUCUUGUCCACGUCGGUGUUCUGUUGUCACCUGACAGGUGUAGGAGCAAGCACGACUGCACGGAAUUGACCAUGGCGUACAGAGGACCCGCGUACGGACUUAGCGCGCAGAUUGCCAGCAAGAUCGCCUCAAAACGUGAUGCAGAGGUCGAGAAUCAGGUCCUUGACUGGAUCGAGGAAGUGCUGAACGAACGCCUUCCGCAGGCACCGUACGAAGAAAUUCUGCGCGAUGGCAUCGUGCUCUGCAAGCUGAUGAAUGCGCUGAAACCAGGAAUCAUUCCGAAGAUAAACAUGACGGGCAGCCAGUUUAAGAAAAUGGAGAACAUCGUGCUCUUCCAGAACGCUGCCAAGAAGUGGGGAGUGCCAGACAUCGAUGUCUUCCAGACUGUUGAUCUUUGGGAACGGAGGAACAUCCCGCAGGUUACCCAGUGCAUCCUCGCUGUCGGCCGUGCUUGCUACCUACACCCCGAAUACGAAGGACCUUGCCUCGGACCCAAACCAUCUGAAGAGAACAAGCGGGUCUUCUCAGAAGAACAGCUGCGCGCGGGCGAAGGAAUCAUCAACCUCCAGUAUGGUACCAACAGGGGGGCGAACGCCAGCGGUAUCAACUUUGGCAACACGAGGCAUAUGUGAACGACACAAAUUUCGCCGUUUAUCAUUCUGCGUGUGGCAAUUCGUGCAGCUGCUAGAGCAACUGAACUUCACGAGCCUUUCCAAAGAGAUAACGAUGUGAAAGGAGAUUAAGGAAGAAAGCUUAUUGUUUUCGAAUCAAAGUAGGAUUCCAAUGUUGCUAAGCGGCCAGGACACCUUCUGCUGACAACGAGAUGGUGUUCUGUUUUCCCGAGAGCUUCGCAUGACACACUUUGCGAGGUAUUGCGCAACGAUUUAUAUCAAAUUAGUCUAGUCAUAGCUUUAAAAGCUUAGCGUUGUUCAGACAAAGCGUAUGUCUGUUGCGGGAUAAUUCAGAGAGAAGGCAUAUACGGUUCAGUUGUACUGGUAGCUUUCGUCAAAUCAUGAAACAUGUUGCUCUUUCGAGCGUUCUGUUUAUUACAAAUAUAUUGCUAGUAGAAAACGUUUAAAGAGGAUUUGCAGUAUUAUUAACGAGUCGUAUAUACAGUGUUAUUAAUAUUUACCUUAUUCCAACAUAGCACAGUUCUCACAGUUCCUUGUUUGGUAACUGACGCGAUGCUUAAGGAAGGACUGCCAUAUUUCGAGCCACAACGUGUUCCGUUCAUGAAAUCUAUCAAAACUGGAAGUUGAGAGAAGACACCGUUGUAUGCAGCAUACGUCCUCUCAAUAAAAGCAUACAGAUGGUGCAGA